ACCGGACACCAAACUCGUCAGAGUGGUCGGCUAGUAGCGUCAAGAGACCAGUGAUCAUCCGACAGAGGCAGAACCCCCCGAUGACCUUCCAGAGGAGUCUGAACAUCAGUGUUGGCCAGACAGCCUUCCUGACCAACGCCACGCGGCAGCUGUACCUGCUCUGCCCCACAGAGGGCAUCCCGCAGCCCCAAAUCACCUGGACCAAGGACGGAGUAGAGCUACAACUAACUGACAGGGUACACUGGGAUAUCUCUGGCGGACUGCAUAUCUCUAAUCCUGGGCCGGGGGACAGAGGAGUGUACAGGUGCACAGCCUCAAACACCCAUGGUUCAGCCUCAGAGUCUACACAGCUGCUGAUAGCUGAGCCUCCUGUGAUAGCUGUGUCGUGGAGGAACGUAACGGACAAGGAAGCCCCCAGUCUGAGGGCCGUGGUGGGGGGACGGGUCAGCCUACGCCCUGGGGCUAACCUAACUCUAGACUGCCCCGUCACAGGUAGGCCUCACCAUAGCAAUUAAAUCCCAUACACUCUU